AUGGAAAAGAUAGAGCACACGGUAGUAGCCACAAAUGGGAUAAACAUGCACAUAGCCUCGAUAGGUACCGGCCCAGUGGUCCUCUUUGUCCACGGCUUCCCUGAGCUCUGGUACUCGUGGCCCCAGCUUCUCUACCUCUCCUCCCUCGGCUACCGCUGCAUUGCCCCCGACCUCCGCGGAUAUGGUGACAGAUACACUGCCUUCCACAUCGUCGGAGACCUCGUCGGCCUUCUUGACCAUCUGGGUGUCGACCAGGUCUUCUUGGUUGGCCAUGACUGGGGAGCUAUGAUGGCUUGGUACUUCUGCUGGUUCAGGCCAGACCGAGUCAAAGCUGUUGUCAACAUCAGCGUGCCAUUUUUUCCUAGGAACCCGGCGACAAGUUUUGUGGAUGGCUUCCGGGCUUUGUUUGGUGAUGACUAUUAUAUUUGCAGGUUUCAGGAACCUGGAGAAGUUGAAAAAGAUUUUGCUUGUGUAGAUACUGCAAUACUACUGAAGAAGUUCUUUUCACUUUUUGGUCCGAUUCCUCUAUGUGUACCAAAAGAGGUAGGAUUUAGAGGAUUGCAAACUCCAGAUACCUUGCCUUGUUGGUUGUCAGAAGAAGAUAUUAAUUACUAUGCAAGCAAAUUUAGCCAGAAAGGCUUCACUGGAGGACUGAACUACUAUCGAGCUAUUACCCUAAACUGGGAGCUCACAGCACCAUGGACUGGAUUGCAAAUCAAAGCGCCAGCGAAGUUCAUUGUGGGGGAAUUAGACAUCACCUACAAUAUCCCAGGCAUCAAAGAAUAUGUACACAACGGUGGCUUCAAGAAAGAUGUGCCUUAUUUGCAAGACGUGGUUGUGAUGGAAGGAGUUGCUCACUUUAUCAACCAAGAGAAGGCAGAGGAGAUCAGUGCACACAUUUAUGAAUUUAUCAACAAGUUCUGAAGUGGUGAAGAAGAUUCUCAACAGUGUUAACUGAUCUUCCUAGAGGUGCUCAGUUGCCUGGUGUAUCUGUUUUCUUCUGGCUUGAAAAUUAAAUAAGCAAAGACUUCCGCACAUUUCUGAAAGAGAAAUCAGAGGGGGUGUGGUUCAGGUUUAAUAAAAGAAUGAUAUUAAAUAUCUCCAUCAACAUUAUUUUUUGCUGUGUUGUAGGGUGAUGCCCUUCACUCCAGACAAUAAACUAUGAAUGAUCUGUAUGUGUUUAAUUCGUGCUGACAGCAACAUGUUCUUGAGAUCCUAAGGAACAAAUGCAGUUGUGAGCAAUGAAUUAGUAUCA